AUGGAUCUUCUUCUCCAGAGCAGUUACAAAGCCUGCUUUACAUCUAUUAUUUGUAUUUGUGUUGUCCAAAUAGCAGCCUUAAGACUGUUUAUACUACCAAAUUCUUUCAUAGCACCAAAGGUUUAUUCUUCUAGAACAACACCAGCGGCACCUGUAGUCUAUGACUCAGAUAUUCUCGUAGGUGCGUUGAAUAUCCACAUAUCUAUCUAUCUAUCUAUCUACCCUCCUAGAUAUCUAUCUAUCUAUCUAUCUAUCUAUCUAUCUAUCUAUCUAUCUAUCGUUCUAUCACAGUUUUUUUUCAUCUAUCUAUCUAUCUAUCUAUAUCUAUCUAUCUAUCUAUCUAUCUAUCUAUCUAUCACAGUUUUUUCAUAUCUAUCUAUCACAGUUUUUCAUAUCUAUCUAUCUAUCUAUCUAUCUAUCUAUCUAUCUAUCUAUCACAGUUUUUCAUAUCUAUCUAUCUAUCUAUAUAUCUAUCACAAUUUAUUCAUAUUUAUCUAUCUAUCUAUCUAUCACAGUUUUUUCAUUUCUAUCUAUCUAUCACAGUUUUUUCAUAUCUAUCUAUCUAUCUAUCUAUCUAUCUAUGUGUGUUGCUCACAACCACGUAAUAUCUCCAACGAAUAA